GCAGGGGGUUGGACUCAAUGGCCUUGUAGGCCCGUUUCAACUCUGCUAUUCUGUGAUUCUUCCCAAACUGCUUAUCCUCCUUCAGUGCUCAUCCAGCGGUCCAGCCGCCUACCAAACCAGUAACCUGCUUUUUAUGUAUUUGUAGGUUUGGUCUCCGUGUUUUCAGCACUGUGCCACUGAAGUUCUUUGUUCUCUCUGCAGGCCUUUCUUCCAUUGAGCGCUGGCUCUCCUCUGGGGCCCAUAGGGAUCUGGACUGCAAAGGGGCGUCUUCGGAAGACGCGGCCUUGGGCUGGAGGAUUUCCCUUGGAGACCUUCUAGAGCUGUGAUCUGGCUAUUCUGGAACGCGGGAGGGUGCUGGUCGCUCCCGGCCGCUGUCCUCCAUUCCUGGGCAGGUCGAGCCAGCCGCGCUAGAGUGGGCGUUCCUCUGGCUGGACUGAAGAGCCUCUUGGGACCAGCCUGCCAGCACCUGAGCAGCACCCCAGUGACGGGCGGUGGCACGCCCCUGAAUUGCUGGGGAGGGCUUUGUGGACAGAUGUGGGCCAUGCCUCCGCCGGGUCUCCUUGUUCUUUGCCUGGUGCUCCAGGCCCUGUUGGGAUCAGCCAGCCAGCCCCCCAACAUCGUCCUCAUUUUUGCUGAUGACCUGGGCUUUGGAGAUCUGGCUAGUUACGGACAUCCCACCUCCACCACCCCGAACCUGGACAAGAUGGCCGCCGCUGGCUUGCGCUUCACCGACUUCUAUAGCAGCAGCCCGGUCUGCAGCCCCUCCCGGGCAGCCCUGCUGACGGGACGCUACCAGACACGCUCCGGCGUUUACCCGGGCGUGUUCUACCCUGGCUCCCGGGGAGGCCUCCCACUGGCCGAGGUGACUGUGGCGGAGGUGCUGAAGGGGCGGGGCUAUGCCACCGCCAUGGUGGGCAAGUGGCACCUGGGACUGGGCCCCAACGGGACGUUCCUGCCCACCCAUCAAGGGUUUGACCACUACUUGGGGGUGCCCUACUCCCACGACCAGGGCCCCUGCCAGAACCUGACGUGCUUUCCGCCUGACACGCCGUGCUACGGGGCCUGUGACCAGGGCGUGGUUUCCGUCCCCCUGCUUUUGAACCAGAGCAUCAUAGAGCAGCCCGUGUCCUUCCCCCGCCUGCAACCCCACUACAACACCUUUGCCCAGGACUUCAUCACUGCCUGUGCGAAGCGCAAGCAGCCCUUCCUGCUCUAUUACGCUUCCCACCAUACCCACUACCCCCAGUUUGGGAGCAAAGAGUACGUGGGCCGGUCGUCCCGAGGGCCUUUUGGAGAUGCGCUCCUAGAGUUCGAUGGAUCCGUGGGCCACAUCUUGCAGGCACUGCAGGACGCUGGGGUAGGCCAGAACUCUCUGGUGUUCUUCACCUCUGACAAUGGCCCUGAGACGAUGCGCAUGUCCCGGGGGGGCUCUUCCGGCCUCCUCAAGUGUGGCAAAGGGACAACCUACGAGGGCGGCAUGAGGGAACCGGCAGUGGCCUACUGGCCAGGCCGCAUUGCCCCAGGUGUGACUCAUGAACUGGCCAGCACCCUCGACAUCCUGCCGACCGUGGCGGCUGUGGCCGGGGCCCCGCUCCCCAACGUCACUUUGGACGGCUACGAUCUCAGCCCCCUCCUCUUCGGAAGCGGCAAGAGCCCCCGCCAGACCAUGUUCUAUUACCCCCCCAGUCCCAGCCAGCUGCUCGGCGUCUUCGCUGUACGCUACGGAAAGUACAAGGCCCACUUCUUCACUCAAGGCGCCUUCCACAGCGGCAUGACCCCGGACCUCACCUGCCAGGGCCUGACCCCUCUGAAGGCCCACGAGCCCCCGCUGCUCUUUGACCUGGAGUCGGAUCCGGCCGAGAACUACAGCCUCCUCACGGGGAGUGUCGUGGGGCCCGAGCUCUUGGCCGUCCUCAAGGAGGUCCAGCUGCAGAAGGCCCUCUUUGAUGAGCGGAUGGACUUUGGGGAGAGCCAGCUUGCCCGGGGCAGUGACCCCUCGCUGGAGCCCUGCUGCACCCCCCGGUGUAGCCCCAAGCCGUCCUGUUGCAGCUGCACGUCGCCCUCGUAGUCCCAAGCCUCCCCUGCCUCUCCAGUUUGCCCAUGCACGGAUGAGUCGUUGCAUCUGUUUCACCAGUGCCAAAAGGGGCUUUUGACACCCAUUCUGGUGGCACAGUGGGGGAUUGGGACCAUGACGCUUGCUUCUCCUGCUCUGUGAAAUUUCAGGCUUGGCGCUCCUGGGCAACGGGACCGGUCAUAACGCGGGUGUGGUGACAUUCCCCCCGUGUCACUUUGCCACCACAAAAGGCGACCUGUGAACUGGCUUUGAGGCAGGAGCAAGAAGAGGGCAAAGAGGAGAAGGCCCGCCGUGUUCGCUGUUCGAUCUGGGUGCCCUCCAGGGUUGCCGGAGUCUCCCCUCUUGUGAAGGAUGGUGCUGCUGAGUUUUCUAGAGAGGAGGGACGCAGGGAUGCCUUUGCAAAACCCUCCUCCUUAUAUGGCACAAGUGGCCAUGGGCCCUUCAAAGCCCAAAUGGGGGGCGGGGAGAGUGUAGGAGAGCCUUCCCUAACCUUGUGCCUUCUGGCAGGACACAUCUGGAAGGCCCUAGGUUGGGCCAGCAGGCAGGUGGAGAAGUAAAGCCCUAGUUUCUACGUAAGCCUUUAGGCCAGGGCUGGGCAACUGGUGGCCCUUCAAAUGGGUUUGGCCUACAACUCCCAUCAAUCCUCCCCACUGGCUAUGCUGACAAUGGCUGAUGGGAUUUGCAGUCUAACACCUGGAGGGCCACACACUCCCCCACCCCUGGUUUACCUUAUGGGCUGUUCUGUAGUGGAAUGGCUGCCUCAGAAGGGAGUGGACCCUCUUAGUCAGAAUCUGGCUUCCUGUAACUUGAGCCCCUUAUUCCGUGUCCUGCACUCUGGGAGGACUGAGAAGAGAUCCUGGCUCUCCUCUGUGGGACAACCUUUUAAGUAUUUGAAGAGUGCUCUCAUGUCUCCUCCAUCUCCUCUUCUCCAGGCUAAACAUGCCCAGUUCUUUUAGUCUCUCUUCAUAGGGCUUUGUUUCCAGACCCCUGAUCAUCCUGGUUGCCCUCCUCUGAACACGCUCCAGCUUGU